AUGGCCCACGCAAUGACCGACACGCACAAGCGCCCAAAAGGCAUCCUCAAAAACCCCAGCUCCAGCUCCAGCAGCAUCCCGCGCGUAACCACCGCCAACAUCGCCAUCUCCCCAACCGGCCCCACCGCUGCCGACCCCCUCGACACAAAGGAGCUCACCCUGCAAAACACGCUGCAAAACGCCGGCCGCCGGCGGUCCUCCUCGGGCGCCGUGAGCGGGCGCCGCCAGUCGCUCGCCAGCGCGCACGGCCAACACGACGAGAACUCGCCGCGGCUGAAAUGGGACGAGGCGAACCUGUACCUGACGGAGCAGGAGAAGACGGCCAAGAUGAAGAUCGACGAGCCCAAGACGCCGUAUGCGCCGCGGUACGACCCGGCCGAGGACGAGGAGGAGAUGCGGCUGGCCGAGGAGGCGGAGGAGAGUCUGAUUGAUGCGCAGGGGGUGGUGGUGGACGAGCUGGAUCGGUCGACCAAGGGGACUGGCGCGGCGAAGAAAGCGCUGGCGGAGGAGGAGAUUCCUGACUUGGAGCUGGGCGAGCCGGAGGAGGCGCUUGCGGGUGGUGCUGCUGGUGAAGCGGGGGAGAGGAUUGUGCGCGCGCGCAGUCUGAGCAAUGAGUCGGGGAAGGGGGAUCGACAUGUUGUUGUUGGGGAGGACGGCGGUGAUGCGGACCAUUUGUUGACGCCGGAGGAGGCGCGCGCAAAGCAUGAGCAGUUUGAGCGGCGGCGGCGGCAGCAUUAUGAGAUGCGGAAUAUUAAGGAGCUGCUUGCGCAUCCGGAGAACCUGGACGAGAUGGAUGAAGAUGAGGAUGAAGGCGAGGAGGAGACUCCUGCGGUGCCGCCACCGGUGCCGCAGAUUCCGCAGAAGUUCUUGAAUGGAGAACAGUAG